AUGCUGUUAGGCAGCGGAGUUUUCUUUUCUUUACUAUCAUCAGGCAAAAUCGAACUAAAUAAAUAUGGUCUUAUCUUACAACAAACUAAAUUAGGUUGGAUAUUAGCCGGUCCAUUACAAAUUCCCGAGUCAAACUCUUCUGAAAUAGUCUCUUGUUCUAAUGUAGCUUCCAAUUGUCUUUUUACGCAAAAUGAUAAUCUUCUAAACGAACAACUCGAGCGUUUUUGGCAAAUUGAAGAUCUGUCAUCUGAUAAUACAAAGUUAUCAAAUGAAGAACUUGAUUGUGAAAUACAUUUUCGAAAACAUUUUGAACAGGACACUACCGGUCGUUACACAGUACAACUUCCGUUGAAGAGCAAUCAUACUGAAUUAGGUGAAUCAGUAAGUACAGCAAUCCAGCGUUUAAAGCACCUGGAAAGUAAGCUAGUACGCAAUGAUGACUUACGUAAACAAUAUCAUGAAUUUCUGCAAGAAUAUGAAGACUUAGGACAUAUGUCAAGAGUUAAUAUCGAAUUGGAUAAAUCCAAUGAAAUACAUAAUUAUUUACCACAUCACGCGGUAGUAAAAGAAGAUAGUAGUACUACACGUGUAAGAGUAGUUUUUGAUGCAUCAUCUAAAACGGCAUCAGGAUUCUCUUUGAAUGAUGUGAUGAUGAUAGGUCCUGUUGUUCAGAGAAACUUGUUUGAUAUUUUAGUACACUUACGCAUAUUUAAUGUAGUCAUUACAGCGGACGUUGCAAAAAUGUACCGACAAAUAUUUGUCCAUGAAUCGCAGCGCAAUCUACAAAAAAUUGUAUGGCGCAAAGAACCAUCGGAAGAAAUUAAACAUUAUCAGUUGAAUACAAUUACUUAUGGAACAGCUAGCGCUUCCUUUCUAGCCACACGUACUCUACAUCAAAUUGGACUUAAUUGCAAGGAUACUGAGCCUAUAGUUAGUGAUGCAAUUUUAAAUAAUUUUUAUAUGGACGACUUAAUUUGCGGAGCAUCCACCAUUGAAGACGCUAUAGAGCUAAAAUCAGGGCUGGAAAGAGUUUUGUCGAAUUCAGGCUUAACGCUGAGGAAAUGGCGAUCAAAUAAACAAGAAGUUCUUAAUACAAGUUUAAAUAAAGAGUCAGAAAAUGAAAGCCAAUCUCAGUACGUGAUAUCAUCAGAUAUGAAAGGAAAAACAUUAGGUAUAUAUUGGGAUACAAAAACUGAUAUAUUUCAGUAUCUUAUAACAUAUAAAGACUUAAAGAAACCAAUUACAAAAAAGGUUAUACUAUCUACAAUAGCCACUAUUUUCGACCCACUGGGUCUCAUAUGCCCAUGCAUUAUAAGAGGCAAAUUAUUCCUACAACGGCUCUGGCAAUUAAAAAUAGACUGGAAUGAAGAAAUUCCUGGCGAUUUUCAAGACAUUUGGAGAGAUUUUAUCGAUACCCUGACAGACAUAAAUAAAAUACAGAUUCCGAGACAUGUUAUACUGACCAAACCGUCAAGGUUAUAUUUACAUGGAUUUUCUGAUGGAUCAGAAGUAGCGUACGGUGCUUGCAUUUACAUUGUGUCGACCGAUGACAGUGGUCAUAGUUUAUCAAAUUUAAUAUGUUCUAAAUCACGUGUUUCACCGAUUAAAACCAUAUCUUUACCGAGAUUAGAACUAUGUGCAGCGUUAUUGUUAGCUCAAUUAAUGAACACGGUUCGACAAGCAUUGAAACUUGAUGUUACUUGUUACUUUUGGACAGAUUCUAAAAUCGUGUUGGCGUGGUUAAAUGAUCAACCUAACAGAUGGAAGACAUUUGUAGCCAACAGAGUGUCAGAGAUUCAGUGCUUGAGUGAACAUUCCGAUUGGUAUCAUGUACCUUCCCCAGAUAAUCCUGCGGAUAUUGUAUCUCGUGGCUUACAACCUUCAAAAUUAAUACAUUCUAAAUUGUGGUGGCAUGGCCCUGAGUGGCUUACUCAAUCCAUAGAUCAUUGGCCAUCAAAAGGUGAAAUUAAAAUAGAUACAAUUCCCGAAAUGCGCAAGGAAAAGAUUAUUUUAACGUAUCAUACAAUUACUGACAGUUCAAUAUUUUCUCGAUAUUCUAGUUUUUCUAAACUACAGCGCGUAGUAGCUUAUAUUUUAAGAUUUAAUCAUAAUUCUAGAAAUAAGGAUAAACUAGAUAAGGGUCUUUCCCAUAACGAGUUGGAAAGAGCUACUCUGGUAUUGUGUAAAAUGGUUCAGGCACUGGAGUUUCCAGUAGAACUAGCUCUUUUAUGUCAGAGCAAGUCGAUUCAUAAAAAUAGUAAUAUUUUAUCAUUAGAUCCUUUUAUAGAUAAGGAUGGUCUUAUUAGAGUAGGAGGGCGACUUAAACAUUCAUCUCUAACAUUCGAACAAAAACAUCCUAUUUUGUUGCCCGGAAAACACAUAUUAACAAAGCUUUUAAUAAAACACGAGCAUCAUAAAUGUUUACACGCCGGUAGUCAAUUAAUUCUUGCACGAUUGCGUACUAAAUUUUGGCCAAUUAAUGGUCGUAAUGCUGUUCGCAGUGUAUUAAAGAAUUGCCUCACGUGCUUUAAAACCAAUCCAAAAACAGCGGUUCAAAAAAUGGGUGAUCUACCUGAAUCGCGAAUCACACCUUCUAGGGCGUUUUAUCAUUGUGGCAUUGAUUACACUGGAUUUUACAAUUUAAAAGACGGAAAAUCAAGAACACGGACUUUAGUUAAAUGUUAUUUAUGUAUAUUCGUUUGUCUAGCUACUAAGGCCGUACAUGUUGAGUUAGUUUCCGAUCUUACUACUGAAACAUUUAUGAACGCGUUUAAGAGAUUCGUAUCUCGGAGAGGUCUAUGUCGACAUAUUUAUACUGACAACGGUACUAACUUUGUUGGUGCUCAUAACAACAUGCAAGACGUUUAUAAGAUAUUAAAAAACUUAAACGAUAAUGAAAAGUAUUAUAACUAUUUUAAAGAUCAUAUUAUCGAAUGGCAUUUCAUACCUGCAAGAUCUCCUCAUUUUGGAGAUGCUAGUUUAACGUUUGAGGAAUUUUACACGGUCUUGACUCAAAUAGAGGCGAUUUUAAACUCCAGACCUUUAUCCCCUCUUUCAAAUGACCCUUUAGACCUUUACCCAUUAACCCCAGGACAUUUCUUAAUUGGCGAUGCUCUGGUCUCAGUUCCUCAACAAGCAGUAGUUGAUAUACCAUUGAACCGAUUGUCCCACUACAAGAAACUACAACAAAUGGUGCAGAGUUUUUGGAACCGCUGGUCAAAUGAGUAUCUGCAUACCCUACAACAACGUUCUAAAUGGAAGGAGGACAACAGCAACAUUAUCAUCGGCUCGCUGGUUCUCCUCAAGGACGAAAAUCUUCCCCCCAUGAGUUGGCAACUGGGUAGAAUCAUGGAGGUGAUUCCCGGCAAAGACGAUAAGGUUCGGGUAGUCCUGGUGCGUGUCCGUGGCGGUAUUGUUAGAAGAGCGAUACAUAAAAUUUGUCCGCUGCCUCAGGCAGACUAG